GUCGUGUACGGGCCUUCAUGAUGGGGGUAUAUAUGUAUCACACCUAAUGCUCUUGGGAACGAAUUAUGGCAUUGUCUUUUAUCAGGACUGGGACACUACAGUACGGAAAUUCGCACUUGCGUUUGUUCGCCAACGUAUCGACCAUGAAGACGGGAUUGGUAUUGGGUGUAUACGAAACUGAGAGCGAGGACAACGUCGUGCUCACCCCUACGGCGGUCAAGUACAAUGAGCUGGUUAACGGCAAGCUGCUGAAAAACAUUUUGCUAGCAGGACCAAAGAUCCCUAAAGGUCAUGCUAGAGUGUUUUGGGGUUUGGAUGAAACAGAUUACUCCGGAGUCGCGGUAGUUGGACUGGGGAAACAAGGUCUUGGUAUUAACAAACUUGAGGAGAUUCAUGAAGGGAAGGAAAGUGUACGUGCUGCCGCAGCAGCGGGAUGCCGUGCACUAGAUGACGUCGAGAUAAAGGACAUUAAGCUAGAAACGCUAGGAGACGCGGAAGCUGCCGCCGAAGGAGCAGGUUUAUCCACAUGGCUUUAUCAAGGAUAUAAAAAUGAAGAGAAGAAAAAGAAAUUACCAAAGAUCUCGCUAUACGGAGAAGAAGGAGAGGCAGAAUGGCGAGUUGGCAUUAUCAAAGCCCAGGCACAAAACUGGGCUCGCGAACUCUCGGACACUCCCGCGAACCUGAUGACACCAACAAUAUUUUCGCAACAGGUCUUUGAGGUUUUGACGCAUCUCGGGGUUGACGUACAAGUGCGCGACAAAAGCUGGGCCGAGCAGAAGAAGAUGGGCUCGUUCCUUAGUGUGGCGCGUGGUAGCACCGAACCACCCAAGUUCCUCGAGAUCAGUUACAAGGGCGCCGAGAAUCCGAAUGAGUCACCGAUGACGUUUGUUGGUAAGGGAGUUACUUUCGAUGCCGGUGGCAUUAGCCUUAAGCCGUCAUCGGAGAUGGAUGAGAUGCGCGCCGAUAUGAGCGGCGCCGCCUGCGUGGCCGCCACCAUCCGAGCCGCAGCGGAGCUCAAACUGAAGAAAAAUAUCGUUGGACUGAUCCCGCUCACGGAGAAUCUACCGUCCGGACAUGCUACGAAACCGGGAGAUCUAGUGCGGGCAAUGAACGGCAAGACCAUCAUUGUGGACAACACCGACGCAGAGGGCAGGCUGAUUCUCGCCGAUGCGCUGUGCUACGCUGAACAGUUUAACCCAAGAUUUAUCUUGGAUAUCGCUACGUUGACUGGUGCCAUGAGAGUCGCCUUGUCGAACUCCGCGACUGGAGUGUUUACCAAUGACGGCAACCUUUACGAAACUCUGAGAAAUGCUGGCACGGUAACCGGUGAUCGAGUAUGGAGAUUCCCUCUGUGGCAGCAUUUCACGGAUGAAGUAACAAAAAAAGUCAAAGGUGCUGAUAUAAAUAACCUCGCGAAGUGUAAGGGUGGUGGCUCUUGCACUGCCGCUGCAUUUUUGAGGGAGUUUGUCACCAAGGAUACGCCGUGGAUGCAUCUGGAUAUAGCUGGUGUCAUGGGUCCCGCCCACGACGAAUUACCAUAUAUCCCGGCUGGAAUGACCGGACGCCCGACACGUACGCUUAUACAAUUCCUACAAGCGUUCUGUUAAACGGUCUGCAGAUGGUCAUUUUACGUAAUUCUCACAUGUCAAAUGUGUCCUUGUAAUUUUAUAUACAUAUAUGUAAAAGUUUACACAGAAGGAUAUGUAUAUAGAAAUAUACAUAUAUAUAGCUAUAUAUAGGGGAAUUACGCCUAAUAUGGAGAGGAUUAUAUUGGGCGAUCCAUUCAAUCAGACUUGAAGCAAUAAGGUUCAGAAUAAUAAGGUGAUAAAACGCAUAAACAACUUGCCGCAGGCCAGUAACAGCAUUUUUUUAAUCUAAUAUCUCACUAGAUAGAUAAAACCAGACUCAUCCGUUUUUACGAGAGUUUAAGAUUAAAGAUAAUGCAAGUUGAUGUGUGUGCUUUAACGCGGUUUGAAAAUUAUCUUUAGUAUCAGCAGUCUGAAUAGGCUGAAACUUGAAUUGAACGUUUUAAUAAAAUUUACGAUACACUAACAAAUGCUAGCAAAGAUCGUAAUUUCUGCAUGAUGUGAAACUUUACCAUUACUAUAAGAAUAUUAGAAAACAUAUUAAGUUUUUUAAUCAAGGUUAUAUGUAUAUAUAAUUCUUGAUAUAUUUGAUACAUUAAAUAUAGAUAAGAUGAUAUAUUUCAAAUAAUUAUUUGAUGGAUUGUUAUCGAAAUACUCGACCAUUAUAUGCAAUCCUUGGAAUCAAAAUUAUCAAACCUCGCCAUAUUAGGCAGUGCCUACAUCUUUUAAGUUACCACUUCUUAUACGAUUAAAAUGUAUAAUCCCU